UUAACAGUAUGUAAAUGAUGAUACUGUUUAGUAAUUAGGAUUCAGGAGGCAGAGGACUCUGCUUCAUGGCUUAGGAUACGAGUAACCGUUGGUUACUCACCCCCCACGGUAACCAUCUAGGAGCCGUUGAAUUGGACGGACUCAUUGUGUGGCUGAGAUGGAUGAGGGAAUGACCAGGGGUAUUUUUGUCUAUUUAUUUAGUUUUGUAUUCUUUCCCUUUUUAUUAUGCCCAACAUUUAUUAGCUGGUUUCAAUGGAGGAGAGAGAAAGUUCAGCAUUUCCUUUUUUUGAAACGCUUUUUUCCUCUUUCUCUCUCCUAAUUUCCUUCUUCUCCAGAUCUGAUUUCUUUUUCUUUUAUUCAUUUUUUUCUUCAUCAAUUACGAAGGAAAAGUGUAGCCUCCUUUUUCAUUGCGUUUCUUCUUUUUUUUCAAUUCUGUUGACGCUCAAGAUCUUUCUUCUCUCAAGCUGCUCCCUCCUUCUAUUCUUUUUUUUUUCACCAAAAAUGGACGAGGGAAAAGUGAAUCCCUCUUCUUUCAUUAUGUUUCUUCUCUUUGUCAAGUCCUCGGCCUCAAAUUUGGUGAAGCUCCAUAUCGACCAAGAGGAGAAAGAUCUACGUGAGUCGAGCUUGCAUGUUUUAUAUUUUAGUAUUUGUUUGUGGAUUUUCAAUUCCAAUCUUCCUCAUUUUUUUCUUUUGGUGUUCUCAAAUGAGGGGGAGAAAAUGUGAGGAGGUAGAAGACGAGCUUGUGAAGAAUGCCUUAGUUAGAUGUAUAUUGUGGUUAUCAUACUAUAUCAUAUGGUAAUGUGUGGUAACUAAACGCAUUUUUAUGAUUACCAUGUUUUACCAUGGUGGUAGAGGGUGGUCAUUGACACUAGUUCACAGAAAGAAGAGUCAGCAGACAAUGAAGUGGACAAGAAAGUGAAUAAAGUCCUAAUUAGAUAUAUAUUGAGAUUACCACACUAUACCAUAUGGUAAUGUGUGGUUACUAAAUGUAUUUUUGUGGUUACCAUGUUUUUAUCAUGUUGGUGGAGGGUGAUAAUUAGAUUUAUAUGGUUUUACCUUCUCUUAUCAUGUGGUAUUGUGUGGUAAUUAUAAUUAAUUUGUGAUAAUUCGAUUUAUCAUGUUCUAUUAUGGUGGUAUGAUAAGGUAGUUAGAUGUAUAAUUUUAUUUAGCAUGUUUUACCAUGUUAUACCAAGUGGUAUUGUAUGGUAAUUAUAUUUGUAGUUUUCUUUAGCAUAUUUUAUUAUGUUAUAAAAUAGUUGUAGGUGGUGGUAAUCAUAUUCAUACUUGUAAUUAUCCUUUUAAGCAUAAAUGAUUGAAUAAAAACAUCACCAUUCAAUUUGAGUUGAAUUUAAAGUUGGGAAAGCAUGAAUAUUUUUGUUCUUUUAGUUUAGGUGAGAGAUAAUUGUUUUUUUCUUUCUUCUUUUAGUGACAGAAAAAAAGUGUAACAAAGUGUUUAUUUAUUUAUUUGCAGAUGUGAGAGAGGAAAAGCAUGAGGACGGGUGCAGGGUGGAAAAAAAGAGGGAGGAAAGCGUUGGGGCGGGAGUCGUGGUGGGGUUCGCAUUUGGUCAAAAUUCAGUAUUAUCAGUAAAUGGGUGGACACUUUUAUGAUUUUUCCCCUCCGUUUAUUUAAAUUUCGUGAACUGACGACUACGAAUUGAAUACAAUAAAAAAUAAAUAAUUUUGUUACUGGCAAUUACUGACUAGAAGGAUACUGAUGGGAUUCGGACCCCUGCUUCAUAAAGGUAAGGUAACUCCAUUUUGUUUUAAAGUUCUAUAGAUAACCUUGAAUUUUCUAGGAAUGAAAUCCAAAUCUUGUGGGCCGAAAUAGUAGUGGUCCAGAGCAUUCCACUAUUCACGUUCCACCCAAAGCCCAUAGUGGGCCUCCCUUGGUCUUCAUCCCAGGAGACUAUAUGGGUAGCCCUCAUAGUCGCAAAAGUCAUUAAGAGAAAAAGAAAACGCAGGUCUCAGCUAGUAGGGCUCCCCUCUGCCCCAAUUCACAUACCCUUACGGGCCUAGUAGUAAUAUCGAAGCAUUCUCAUAUUAGAGUUCAAAUGGAUAGAUAAUUUUUACCAAUAAAAAACAGUUGAACCAAUUGUGAUACAAAAUAUUAUAAUGUUAACUCUAACUUUCUGGUACAUUAUCUACCCACCUAAAAAGCAAAAUCCUUCUCAAUUGGUCUGCAUAAAUAUCACCGCCAUGACAACCACAGGAUUGCACUCAUCUUCAUGAGAGAGAGAGAGAGAGAGAGAGAGAGAGAGAGAGAGAGAGAGAGAGAGAGAGAGAGAGAGAGAGACCCAAUCCAUCCCUUUCCAUGCACAUAUCAAUCACACACACACCUCAUUGAGACAGACAGUGACCGCAGCUAAAGUAAUGCACCAGACCAGUACACACCUCCACCCUCACAAAUUCAUUUCCUUUCCUUUCCUUUCCUUCAUAUCUCCCUCAAUCACUCGCUCUUUCUCCCUACCCACCCUUUUCACAAAUCACUGUGAAUAGCUAGCUAGCUAGCCAUGGCCACCUGAAGUUUGAUUUCCAGCUUCCUACCACCCUCUUUUCAACAAUCAAGCUCUCUCCUCUCCUCUCCUUGUUAGAUGUUGAUUCUUCCCAGUCAUCAUCACCAUCAGCUGGGGUGCACUGGCUGGAUGGUUCACACAUAAAAAAAAAACCCCAAAGUACUCUCCAUUUUGCAUGGCUGGAGAUCAUCAUCAUCAUCAUCAUGACCAUCCAUGUAGAUCAUUCAUCACCACUCCCCAUUUCUUCUUCCCACCACCACCAUACAACUAAACACAUCCUUGCUCCGUCAGUUGUAAGAUCAACCCUCCUCCUUUUCUUCCUUGUUCUUUCCUCCAUGGUUGUUCACUUAGAGAUUACCACGGCAGCAGCAGCUGUUGAUGAUCCUAAGGUGAAAGUGGGCCUACAUAUCUCUGCCGUCGUCAUCAGAGAUCAAACAAGGUUCCACUUCCAUGGGAGCAGUCGGAGGAGUGGAAGGUUCCGGCCCCGGAGAACGCCAUUGCCGUGGCAGGAAAAAGGUUCGUCGUCGGCUAUGUUCAAUGCCAGUGCCCAUGAAGUCCCCAGCGGUCCCAAUCCCAUUUCCAACAGGUGACGAUGAUCCAAGCCCCAAAUACAGACAGAUGUAGAGCUAGCUAGCUGGAUUUGGUUAUAUAUAUUGGUUUUCAAUUUUGAUAUUUAAUAUAAAUUGUUAUGUAUAUAUACACCUAGCUAGUAGCUACCAUUUUUGUUAUAUUAUUUUGCUUGGUACGUUUAUGGUUUGGAGGUGCUUUAAUUUACUUUGUGUUUCCCCCCUCUGUUUUGUUUCUUCCUCUAUAUAUAUAUAUAUAUAUUUAUACAGCAGACGACCAUUUAGCCAGUAAUUAUUAUUAGGGCUUCGUACGUCUUGGAUGUUCUUGGGUGGUCAUUUUGUUGGGUAUUACUGAAAUGGAAUCGUGAGACCCAAGUUGUACAAUUUUUAGGUCUCAAUUAUUAUGUGUGUUUGGUUUUUCUUUGUGGCUCAAUUAUUGGGCUCAUCAGUUCCAAGGGACCCUACCUAUCAAAAUCAUUGAAUUUUAACCAUGUGAAAAGAGGAUAUGUGAUAUGUCUGAUUUGAUCCCGUAUACACGUAUGUGAUAUAAUUGUUAAUUAUUAUGAUAAUGAUGUCUUUACUUUAACCCUCACAUGUGUACUUUAUUUGUUAAUGAUUAAUUAUUUACAUCUGAUUUUAUUAUCCACCAGAUUAACGAGUAAAACUUUAUAAGAAAAAAGGAUUAACGAG